AAUGUUUCAAGGGAAUAUACGGCGAGUUGAUAGUUAAAAAUAAUAACAGGAUGACAAUAUUAAAAAUAUAUCAUAUAAGAAAAAUAUAAGUUGUUUUUUAAGUUGUUAACACUUUACUGAGAAAGUUAUAACUCAAAUCAUAACAUAAGAAAAUGAGAGAAUGCAUAUCAAUCCAGGUUGGCCAAGCAGGCGUCCAGAUUGGCAAUGCAUGCUGGGAACUAUAUUGUUUAGAACACAACAUCAAACCUGACGGAACUCUGCAGGACGGAAAUACUAACUCAGACGAUUCACUCAACACAUUUUUCAACGAAACCAGACAUGGCAAACAUGUACCAAGAGCUAUAUAUGUUGACCUUGAACCGAGUGUAGUAGAUGAAGUACGAACGGGAAAAUACAAGGAUCUUUUCCAUCCGGAACAGCUAAUCACUGGCAAUGAAGACGCUGCUAACAAUUUUGCAAGGGGUCACUAUACCGUCGGAAGAGCCAUUGCUGAUGAUGUAUUAGAUCAAAUACGACGUGUGGCUGACACGUGUAACGGAUUGCAAGGUUUCUUGGUCUUUCACAGUUUGGGAGGAGGAACCGGAAGUGGUUUCACAUCCCGGUUAAUGGAACGCUUGUAUCUUGAGUAUGGAAGGAAAUCAAAACUGCAGUUUGCGGUAUAUCCAUCCCCUAAGACUUCAACAGCUGUUGUAGAACCAUACAAUGCCAUUUUGGCCACUCAUGCAACAAUGGAUCAUGCCGAUUGCACUUUCUUGGUUGAUAACGAGGCCUUAUUUGACAUAUGCAAAAGAAAUCUUGAUAUAGCUAGACCGUCCUACAUUAACUUAAAUAGACUGAUUGGUCAAGUUGUCUCAUCUAUAACUUCUUCAUUGCGUUUUGAUGGCGUUCUCAAUGUUGACAUGAAUGAAUUUCAAACAAAUUUAGUGCCUUAUCCACGUAUCCACUUUCCAUUGGUUAACUAUGCACCAAUUAAAUCAGCCGAAAAGGCAUACCACGAAGCUAUGUCCGUAGCAGAGAUAACAAACGCCUGCUUUGAGCCAACCAAUCAAAUGGUUAAAUGUGAUCCACGUAAUGGAAAAUAUAUGGCUUGCUGUAUGAUGUAUCGUGGUGACGUUGUUCCCAAAGAUGUCAACGACGCCAUUGCUAAAAUUAAGACAAAACGAAAAAUUCAGUUUGUAGACUGGUGCCCGACUGGUUUCAAAGUAGGCAUCAACUUUCAGAAACCUACCACUGUGCCAGGCGGGGAUUUAGGUCAGACACAAAGAGCUGUCUGUAUGUUGAGCAACACAACAGCUAUAGCGGAUGCAUGGUCACGACUGGGCCACAAGUUUGACCUGAUGUAUGCCAAGAGAGCUUUUGUACAUUGGUAUGUUGGGGAAGGAAUGGAAGAAGGUGAAUUUUCUGAAGCCAGAGAAAACGUGGCUGCUUUGGAGAAAGACUAUAAAGAAGUAGGAAUGGAGUAUAAUGAAGAAGAGGAACAGGACGAAUACUAGAAAAAAGAUAAGCUCGCAAAUAAAAUAUACCAUGUAUUUCCUAGCUAUUAUAUGGAUAUACGAUAUGAAUAUAAGUGAUAAAUCUGUCUAUCCUCAACAAAGAAGUAUUUAAUCAUUGGCACACUUUUCGCGGGAGUUAUUAUACUUUAAAAGUACAUAUAUAUAUUUGAUUGAUUGAUUGAUUGGAUGGUUGAUUUUAGCACUAUUGUGCUAUUUCAUGGCGGUCAGAUUUUAUUGGUGGAGAAAGUGGAAGUGCCCAGAGAGA